CUCCUCCUCAGAUCCAAAACGCGACCCCCUCAUCACAAAUCUCAUCCCCAAGAGGCAGAGGGAGCGAUAGAUCCUUUAUAAAUCCCCCAUUUUACAAAUCUCUUUUCCCUCUCUAAAAUCUCAUCACUCUUGUGUAUAUAAAGCCUUCCCCUUUUUUUUCAAAUCCUUCUCUUCCAAUCAUUUUGGGGCUAACUAAACCCUAGAUUUCAGAUUCCGGAUUGCAAACUAGCGAAAGAGAAUGGCUGAGCAAGGAAUGGAAGGGAGCCAGCCAGUUGACCUUAGCAGGCAUCCUUCAGGGAUUGUUCCUACUCUUCAAAACAUUGUCUCAACAGUCAACUUAGACUGCAAGCUUGAUCUUAAAGCCAUUGCUUUGCAGGCUCGUAAUGCUGAAUAUAAUCCCAAGCGUUUUGCUGCGGUAAUCAUGAGGAUAAGAGAGCCAAAGACCACCGCUUUGAUCUUUGCUUCUGGAAAAAUGGUGUGUACUGGAGCUAAGAGUGAACACCUUUCAAAACUGGCUGCAAGGAAGUACGCUCGGAUUGUUCAAAAGCUUGGCUUUCCUGCAAAGUUCAAGGAUUUCAAGAUUCAGAACAUUGUAGGCUCUUGUGAUGUCAAAUUCCCCAUUAGGCUUGAAGGUCUUGCUUACUCUCACAGUGCUUUCUCAAGUUACGAGCCUGAACUAUUCCCAGGUCUGAUAUAUAGGAUGAAACAACCAAAGAUAGUGCUCCUUAUUUUUGUGUCUGGAAAGAUUGUUAUAACUGGAGCCAAAAUGAGAGAAGAGACUUACACCGCCUUUGAGAAUAUCUACCCAGUUCUUACAGAGUUCAGGAAAAUCCAACAAUAGUAGUAGUCUAUACACCAGAAAACAUGUUCACAUUUGGAUUGUCAUGAACUAGAGAUCUCAGGAUGGUGGCAAGCGCUUAGUGAGGUUAUCUUACUUCAAUAAGGACUUGGUCUGAUCCAGAUUGAAAACCAAAAACUGUAAAUACCGAAAGGAGAUGGCAAUGUAUCUCUUUUUUUGUUGUAUGUUUCUUCCACGUAUCUUUUUCCUGUAAUGUUUGUUUCAAUGAGCAAUACCAUAGUAACUUAGAACCUCUCUGCUAACCAUCUGUAAUAAGACACCAAGACUCUGUAAUAAACUCCUUUAAACCGA